GGAGGGAGGGAGGAACUCACAUCUUGCCUGGGCAGGCGAGCGCGAGAGAGGGAGACGGAGAGAGAGAAACAAAGUCGCAAGUCUGGUCCGCUCCGUGUGCGAACUUCUAGGUCUGGAGGGGGAAAUGGGGGCCGAGCCGCACCUCUCAGAGCUCCAACCUUCUCUUACCAGCUUCUGAUCCGAAGCUAGAGACACACAUCUCUCUCCUUCUCUCCCCCCCCCCCCAAACUGAGGAGGGUGCUCUUUUUUAAUGUUGGGGUUUUUUUCCCCCCCUCCUUCCUCCGCAAAGGUUUCUCUCUCUGUGUCACUCUCUCUUUUAAAGUCAGUUAUAUUUGCCUCGGUUUCCUCUCCCGUCUCUCAGCCGUCGUCCCCUCCUCCUGCCAGCGCUCCCGUCUUUAUGUCGGGCUUCCCGGAGACCUUUUGAGGUCUCGCCGCUCCUUUUGUUUCUCCUCCUGAUUUUUAAAUGUAUAACUUGAUGGGUCUCAACAAUACCGGCGGACCUAACCAGCCUAAUGUCUCCUGUACUUGUAACUGCAAACGGUCUUUGUUUCAGAGUAUGGAGAUCACGGAAUUAGAGUUUGUACAGAUAAUCAUAAUUGUGGUGGUGAUGAUGGUUAUGGUGGUUGUCAUCACGUGCCUGCUGAAUCACUACAAACUUUCUGCAAGAUCUUUCAUCAAUCGACCCAGCCAAGGACGGAGAAGAGAAGAAAACCUGUCAUCGGAUGGCAGCUUAUGGCCUUCGGAAAGCACAGUGUCAGGAAAUGGUGUAACAGAGCAAGUCUAUACACCAAGGCCUACCGACAGACUAGCAGUCCCAUCCUUUUUGCAGAGAGACCGCUUCAACAGAUUCCAGCCAACGUACCCUUAUAUGCAGCACGAAAUUGACCUGCCCCCUACCAUCUCCCUGUCGGAUGGAGAAGAGCCGCCUCCUUAUCAGGGGCCUUGCACCUUGCAGCUCCGAGACCCUGAGCAGCAAAUGGAACUCAAUAGGGAGUCGGUCCGAGCUCCUCCCAACAGAACCAUCUUUGACAGUGACCUGAUAGAUAAUUCAGUGUAUGGAGGACCCUGCCCUCCGAGCAGCAACUCGGGCAUCAGCGCAACUUGCUACGGAAGCAACAGCCGAAUGGAAGGGCCUCCUCCAACAUACAAUGAGGUCAUUGGCCAUUUCCCGGGAUCUACGUUUUACCAGCACCAGCAAAACAACAGUGGGGUGCCUUCGUUCCCUUCGCCUUCGCCCAUCAGCAAUCUUGAGAGCACAACGAUGUGGAACAAAGAGAAGGACAAACAGAAAGGGCACCCUUUUUAAAAGAAAAAAGAAAGGAAACACUCUGCACUUCUUGAUAAAUAGGAGGGGGGAAGUAUAUGGAGACGGGGAGGGGGAUGAAACCAAACGCCCUUCUCCACCUCUGUGUAGUAUAAAUAUUUACAUGUGAUGUUUGGUCUGAAUGCGCAAGCCAACAAAACUUGCAAAAACAUUUCUUUGUUGAGCUCUGUUAGGAAGAGUUUGAUUUCCCUCCCCCCUUUCUAAAUAAAUCUACAGCAGUCCUUUCCCCCCACCCGCCUCCUCCAUUUUCCCUUCCCAGUUUUGUAUCUAGUUGAAUUGUGCGUGUGGAUGCUACAACUUUUGUUUUAGUUCACUUAACUUUAAAGAUGAAAAAAAAAUAUUUGCACAAAAACAUUUGUUUAAAAAUCUGCAAUAUAUAUAUAUAUAUAAAUAUAUAUAUUAAAAAAAUAAGAGAAACUGUAUGUGUGUGGGAGGGGGGGGAGCAGGAGUAUUUUUAUAUUAGAAGAGGCCUAUUGAGGAAAAAAAAGCGAUUUGUUGUGUUUUUUUCUGAACUUAGAAUAUAAAACAUGGCAACUUUUGAGAGCCAAGUCAAGAAAGCAUGUAUGACGUUGUUUAAAAAAGUGAGAAAGAGAAAAACAAUAGGAAAAAAAGAAAAAAAACAAAAGCAGGGGUUUAGAAUUAUUUAUAUAAAUGUUGAAAUUUUGCACUAUUUUUUAAUAUAAAUGUGUCAGUGCUUGUGUUGGUUAGAAAUCUCUUAUCCUGUCUACCAUAAAACUGUUGAGGAAAGUACGUUGAGGUCUGAACAGAGUCAUGGGGGGGGGGAAGAGAAGGACUGCAUCUUGUGCGAAAUUUUCUUUUUUUAAUUCUUCAGAGUCACAUGACGCUCUCUUAGACCUGUGGUAGUUCCUUGGCACCUAUCAACAAGUACAGACGGAUGCCUAUAAAAGAGACCAGAACCCAUCAUGUACAUGUAUUUCAUUAAAUGUGAAGGGGCUGAGCAUACAUAAAAAAUUGUCCCUUUAAAGAAAUGAACAAGUUAAUUGUGCCCCUGCCCCACAGUUUCUCCCUCUGUACUUGAGGGUUUGCUUCAAAAGGGGAAGAGGCCAUUUCUACACCUGUGAGUAUAUGUUUCUCCAUUGAUUUGAUGCCUAUGUAUUUUCUUUGUACUGGUUUUUUGCACUCGGGUAUUCAUUCCCAGGCUUGUCAAGCAGCAUAAUGCUUACAUAAUCCUACAUUCCCUACGAAAUCAUUAUGUUUUUUUUUUAAAGGGAACAUUUAACAUGUGAAAUUGAUUUAUGGCCAUUGAAAGCAUGAAAAAAUAAUAAUUCAAAAAUGAAGAGUUUAAUUGUGCAACGCAAUUAGCACUGCGUGUGGUCUUCGUUGGGCUGGAGUGCUGUUCAUCCUGAACCUAUGUGCAGUUAGAAUAAUGCCUAAGCAAGAUCUUUCCCUUGUUCUCCUUAUUCUCCUUCUAUAAAAGUCUGAAUUCGUCUCAGAGUUGAAGAUAAAGGCAGUCUCUUGCUUAGAUAAACUAUUUUUCUGCUCCAGAGCUUUGAAGCACCUGGGUGUUUUUAUAUUUUGCAAAAACAAGCCCUCCAAAGGCAAACUGGAACAGUUGUUCUAUUUUUAUUAUCUUGUUAAUUUCAGGAAGGCCAUAAAAGCAUACACAGUCAUUACAUUAUUUUAUUUUUUAAUGAGUGGGUGAUGGCUUCUAAUUGUCAUCAAUUUUUUUAAUAACAAUAUAAUUUGGGCGCUCUCUCUGGUUAAGAUAAUAAAAGGAGUGAAGGACCAUCAAGAUUCAGAAGUCCUGCCUUUGAGAUUAAUAGCGCUUCCGGUGCCCUGCUUUUCACAAGAUUUUAAAUAAGUUUUAUAAGUGAAGGUUGUUCACAUGGCAAAGCCAUGGUCCCUGGGCUGCUUUAAUUUUUUUUUUUUAAGUAGGAGGAGGGACCAGUGACAAGCACAAGCUUGUCCUAUUGGGUCCACAAAUGGAGUUAACUCUAAAAUACUUUUCAUUUAUCCCACAGUUAAAGGAAGAUGGGCCUGAUCCUUCUUUACAUCUGCUAAUCUGAGUCUGCAGGUUUCUCUGGAAGCCAAAUGCAGUUUGUUAAUUCUACUUUGCAUCCUCCUAACUGGAGGAAAGAAACGACCUAUCCCAAAUUUCAGGUUCAAGCUAAAAAGCAGGGUUUUAAAAAAACCAGGGAGGAUAUAUUAAUCCCUCACUAAAUCAGCUUUCCACUUAGCUGUGCAUGGUAGUGCCGGGCACUUGGGCCAAAUAGUUGGGUUAAGGAAAUUGCAGACACCCCUCUGCUUCAUGGUCCAGGGUUCCAUCUAUCUUUGUGUCACUCUAUCCUGAAAGAAAAGGAAGGGGUCUUGAAAACCACCCUUGCCAAAUUAUGUUCCUCUCUUGACUGCCUUUGAUUGUUAACUGUGUUGUAUUUAUUUCAGCUGGGAAUAGGGAGACAUGUAGAUGGAAAUAUUUCAGCUACUCUGAUGUAUUCAAGGCAAAAGAGUCAUGUUCAGGUUUUAGAAGCAAGUCCAUAAUCUCUUAGCACUGCUGGUCUGUGUUUGCCACUUGCAAUCGUGAUCCUUCUUGAUCAAGGAUGCGCCAUCUAACCUUCAAACAAACAAAUCAGCUCAUGUUAUCCCCUUCUUUAAAGCGUUGUCUUGCUUUUUUUUUGUAAACCGUUUUGCCUUUUGUUUACAUUUUUAAUGUGUAAAGGUCUGGUUGGUUGUUUUUAAUCCACAUGAUUAAUUCAUAUAUGAUUUGAGUGAAAGAGAGUGAGAGGCAUAAAUGACAAAAGAGGAAGGAAUUGUUUAAACAUUUCCAGAGCAUCAGUCUCUGGAUCUCUCUAGACAAGGGGUAGGCAACUUUGGCUCUUUUAUGAUUUGUGGACUUCAACUCCCAGAAUUCCUGAGCCGGCAUGGCUCAGCAUGGAAACGUCUCCCUUUCUCCUCAGCAUGGCUGGCUCAGGAAUUCUGGGAGUUGAAGUCCACGAGUCAUAAAAGAGCCAAGGUGCCCCACCCCUGCUCUAGAUAAUGCACAAUGUUUAAGUUUUAGCUAGGAAGGCAGUCAGUUUUUUCCCAAAACGAGCCGUGCUGGGUAGACUUUGAAUAGAGUGGAGAUUAAAAACUUGAUCUUUGAUAUUUGUCUGACUGAGGAGAACAGGCCAAUUGGUGUUUUGAGUUCAGAAUUACUAUCUGGAUCUUUGCUGAUCAUUGAAGGGUAUCAACAUUCCUGUUUCUAAUUAUAUCAUCAACCUUUGAUCAAAAGUUAUGGAAAAGAGGCAGUUGGGGGUCACCAGACCUCUUUAGCCAAUGAUAAAGGAAGAGCUAUCAGGGCCAGUUGAGAAGUUGGCAAUCUUUAUGGCUAUACAGUUCCAGACCUAAUUAGCAGAGGGAGCUGUAUGUAUACAAGGAGGUGUAAUUUGGUUUUUGCCAGAUGCUAACUAGGAAGGUAACAUAAAUGAAAGAUAUAAAGGCAAUAACUCUUGUUUUUAUGCGAUUUUUCUAUUACUUGAAGAAGAAAAAAGUCUCACGACUUUUAAUAUAUAUAUUAAAGGGAUCAUAAUGAAAAUAUAGAAAUGAACAUUUUAAAAAAUGCCACCUUUGGGGGAGGGAGCUAGGAAUAGACAACCUCAACCUCCCUCUCUAGCUCCUUAAUAAUAGCUUUACAAGAACUCCAAUUUGCAGUUCUUUUAAGGUAAAAACAAGGAAGAACUCUUAUCUUCCUAUGAAAGUCAAAGAAUUUGUAGACUUUUUAAAAAUGUAUCUUUCCUUUAUGUAACAUGUCUAUUUAGUGCCUUAUUAAAAGAAACAGUAAGCCUCCCUUUUUUUGUUUUUGCAAAAAUAAAUAAAAGACGGGAAAAUUCUAUCAUUGGUAGUGAUAGGAACUUCCAGAGUGUCGUCACUUUUCUUUUAGAUCAAUCCUGGGAUUUCAAGUUUGUUUGUUUUUUUAAAAAAAGUCCAUAAAUUUGACUCCUUUACAUCCAGUCUAAUGCAUUUAUUUCCCUGAAGCAUUCUUUCCUCAUCUUUUGCCAUGUGCUUGUUAGGUAGCUUAAAUACCUGUUAUGCACAUAUCCUACCCUAGUAGGUAGUACAAUUGUGGCAGAGAUUAUAAUCAAGAGUGUCAACCAAAAGAAAUUGAAACAUAUCUACUGCCCUCUUGAGCCAAAAUAAAUAAAUAGUAAUUUUUGUGUUUUGUUUUUUUUACUUUUUCUUUCUCUUAUUUUUUUUCUUUCUUUGAUCUGUGGUUUUACUAGACACUGUAUGCAUAAAUAUAAUGCCUAAAUUCUCUACCAUAAUUAAAGAAACAUCAGCAUGGCUGCAAGAUACUAAGUCACGGGAGUGCCUUGUACAAAAUGAACCAAAAUUUGGGAUUGGUGUUGUGUUGGCAUAGUUGGGUGCAUGUCAAGAUCCACUAGCAUGCAGUGGCAUGAGGGGCCGUGACAGGUUGUCCAGAGUCUUUCUGAGUUUGCCAGCAGUGGCCCACCAUGAUGUGAUGGAAGCAAACUUCCCCACUUGCCUUGUACCCACCAUUCAAGAGGCUGGCCAAACGAAACACUACAGCGGAGGCGAAAGAAAUUGAUCAUAAGAAUACUAAUGAGGUGGAGGGAGUGGUUUGCACAAGUAUUUCUGAUAUUCUAAAACUCAGCUGCCAACUUUCAUCCUGUCUCUUCUCUUCAUUUAUCAGAAGACUUGAUACAUAGCAGUAAGGAAAAGAAGUGACUUUUCUGUCAUUGGGAUGAAAUGGAACAGAGGGGGGAAAAAUACUUUGUUCUAUGUCUCUGUGUCAGCUGCUAUUAAGUGGACGAACAGGAUCAGAAAAAAAAAGAAUGGUGUCUUUUCCAACACAAACAGGAUUUAUUACACAGGACAAAAUUAAAUGUCCAACUUUGCUUAUUUUUUCCGAGCUGCUAAUUUAUCUUCUCUUCCUCCUUCCCUUGUGUCCUUACUUCCCAAGGGAAUAUUUAACUGACUCAACCAAACACGUUAAUAUCCAUGAUUGUUGCAGAGCCAUCCAUUGACUUGGGCCCAUUAGGGUUUUCAACACCAGUCUUGGGUUAAGAAGGCCCCAGUGUAUCCUUAUCCAGUGAGAUCUCUCUCUUAAAAAUAGUUUAUUUAGGUGGACUUGUUCUCCCCUUUCAAGGUAUUUUAGCAUCAUCCAUGAAAGUAUUUAUUACCCCAUUUGCCCUUUCACUAAAAAAAACUGGAAGGUUGAAUAUUCAUUUCAACAUAACACAAAUGCAACUUCAUUGGUUGCUGCUAAGCCAUUGUCUCUUCUGACAAGCAUUGCUACAUGGAAGGCAGGCAUUCAAUAGGUGAAAGUAUUAUGUUCCCAGGCCUCCAUCCCAGGUAAUUCUGCAAUUAUUUGGUUUCUGACCAAUAAUGAAUCAACUCUAUGAAUUCUAUGGGGUCCCUCACACUUAAUAUAAGUGUGACCAUAGGAAUUCAGAAACCUGAACUCGCUUGAACAAGGAAUCCCUAUCUGUUGGACUUCCUUUUUUCACACUUGCUCUUAAGGCUUCAGUUCACCUUCCUCUGCCAUUUUUUAUCUCCACAUCCGUUGCAAAUAAUUUUGUGAUGAAAUCUGCAGCACUAAUAAGCAGGUAACCUUGUUUUUUAAACUUUUGUAUUUUUUUUCAGUCCUGCAAACAUGAUCCCAACACUCUUUCACUCCUGACAGAAAUUAUAUUAAUUCAUUUGUAUGUACUUUACAGAAUAGACUUUUUCAUGAAAAACAGAAGAAUAAUAUGAAAUUAUCUUCUUUCCCAUCCAAAUGAAAACCAAGCAAGUUGGGGAAGGGGGCUCAUUAAGCUAUAUGUAUCUGGCUCUUUCUUGACCAACUAACCAGAAUGAUGAAGAAUUAUUUGACAAAAUCCCCGUAAGAUGUUAGCCUUUGACUACAGAAUGGAGUCUGACAGCUCAGAAAGAGGUCAAAUUAGCAAAGCUGAAUGAGGAAAAAAAUAGGCUUUUUUUAUCAAGCUGUAGCUACCUGCUUAUUCGUUAAACAGUUUAAUGGUCAGAUCAGGUUGUAUUUUAGAAAAAAGAUUAAUAUUUCUUGAUACUUAAGAAAGCCAAAAAGCGUUCUUAAGACCAAACCCAGUGGAAAACAACUCUUGUGUUGGAGAAUAUGGAUUUGAAAAUAAUAGUGGCAGGUUUGAACAGGUUCCUAAAACUAUAGAAGAUUCACAGUUUCUACAUUUAUAAAUCUUAAAGUUUAAAAAUUGGAUUUAUUAAGGAAGGAUAUAAAAAUUGGUCAUAAGUGGUGGGAAAAAUAAAAAUAUCACCCUUGAAGAUAUUUUUACUUACAGCUGAAUGUUUCUUAAAAAAAAACAUGCAUGAAAUGAUACCUUUAAUGGGGAAAAAAAUCCACAACUUUCCUUCUUUAAGAAUCAAAUUAAAAAGCUAGAUAUGUAGCAUAAAAUUUCUAGCCAAGAUGAGAAUCUGUAUUCUCUAGUAUAAUCUGUGCAACACUAUACACGCAAACAUACAUGCACACAAUUUCCCCCCAUAUACGAUACACAAACUAAAAGGAUUGGGGAAGCAAAACUAAACUUUUCCAUAAAUUGUGCUUUCAGAUUAUUUUGCUGUAAUAUAGAAGCUCAUGGAGUACUACGUUAAAAGUCCUGAUUUGCCUGCCUUAUAGUCACAUUUCAUUGUAUUUUAAUAUUUUCUUCAAUUUCCAGUUGCAUUGCUUUUGGCUUUGAAGUUUAUUAUAUGCAGUCCUGUAUCCUGAAUUUUUUGUUCAACUUAAAAAAAACCUUAUGUAAACAAAAGACAGCACAUGCAAUGCAGUACUUAUCUAUACUUAGCUGUUUUUGUAUGAAUAUGUACUCUGAUGCCAAUUUCCACAACUCUGUUGUAAAAUGCUUCUUGUGUAACAGUAACCAAUAGUGGCAAUGAUUAUGUCAUUCUAUCCUUAAAAAGCUGCAAUACUUAAAAACAAUAAAUUUUACAAUACUUUGGA